UAGGACGAAACAGCUGUUCAGUGCUCCCAGUUUUAACUUGUUCCUCCAACUGAUAUCAGUCUACGAUGAAUAACAACCUAAAAUAUUUCGAAAUCCCUACAACUCUCUCAAAAUUCAACUUUCCUUUGGUCGUUAACAGAAUAAAAAUAAGCUUUAAACGAAGAAACAGUUUGAAGGGAAUACACAUUUUCGGUCACUUCUCAUUAGGGUUUACAUUUACAAAUUAUUCAGUAGAGUCCACAUUUGAUACCAACAUGAUUAGAUUAAUUCGGGUAUAUCAAUUAGAAGGAGAUAAUAGUAAAGGUGAUAAUAAAACAACAAAUUCUCGAAAAGAUCAUAUAUACUCAGUAGUCAAUCCUUGUAGGUGUAUGAGUGAAUUGUGCGUGUACCGGGAUAGCGGGAAAUAAAAUCAAUGUCUCAUAGCGAUUACAUGAUAAAAUUCUUAAUCAGUCAUGAAACUAAGGGCGAAAAAUAAAAUGAUCAUGGUAAGAGUAUAAACAGAGAUAAUAUUUACAUUUAUCCAGGUGACCGAGAAGAAAAUUACUGUAAUUGUAUCUGGAUUGAAGUUGAAGACCAUAAGAGGAAAAGGGAACAAACAAAUGUCUUUCCGAAUGUAUAAAUUAAGUUUUAAAAUUUUAAAUGAUAUGGCUUCUGCUAUGCUUAGCAGUCGGAGGUGCAUAAACUUAGAAUAUUGUGAUGAAACUGUGUAAAUAGUAGUAAAUGGUGAGGUUUUGUCAAUCUUAUGCUCAGUAUCUACUAGAUAGCCGAGUAUUGAGCUUAUGAUGGAUUUCACCAUUCCUUUGCCUAACCUCGCUAGGCAGUGGU